AUGCUGAUGAACGGUUUUCAGAUGAAUCCCUACCGUCUCAUGUACCAUGCAGUGAUUGUCGAGAAGCUUCAAAAUAUUGAGAAAUUACAGUCGGUAAAUCUCUGGGAAGAUCAUAAGCUAAAAACCUUGCUCAUUUAUAUUCAAGUUACAGUUGAUCAAUCUCUUGGAACAUGCUUCCCGUGGCCCUUACAAUGCAUAGCAUACUUUAUUUCAACUAAAGCCAUUGCUUUGUAUGAUCAGGUUGUAGCAGUGGCGCCGAACAUUCCAGCAUUGUACGAGCUGCAUUUUGGCGCUCCAAUGGCUGGGGCCAUCCAUUGCGCGCUUAACACAGGGCUGAAUGCAACUACAUUAGCACUGAAACUAGACCAGUUGCAACCCAAAGUUGUUUUUGUGGACUAUCAAUACAUUGAGGUUGUUCAGCAAGCUAUCAGUAUGCUGUCUGAAAUAAAAAGCAAGCCACUUCUCCUGGUCUUGAUCCAGGAAAGCAAUAUGGAACCAACAUUAUCAGUUAAUAUAAAGGAACCAGAUGUAGAAAUUUGCUCGGAAUAUGAAACGCUAAUUGAAAUGGGAAAAGCUGACUUCAAGAUUCUACAUCCAAAGGAUGAGCGCGAUCCAAUCUCAAUAAAUUACACUUCUGGUUCAACAGGAAAUCCUAAAGGAGUUGUAUACAGUCACAGGGCUGUCUAUCUGAAUUCAUUAGCUAUAAUUUUUCGCAGCGAGAUGAGGCAAAUGCCUGUGUUUUUAUGGACAGUUGACAUGUUUCGUUGCAACGGAUGGUGCUUCCCUUGGGUAAUGGCUGCUCUUGGUGGCACGAAUAUUUGUCUCAGAAAUAUUAGUGGAAAAGACAUUUUCGAUGCUGUAUUCCAUCACAAUGUCACACAUUUCUAUGGGGCGCCCGGAAUCUUAAAUAAGAUUGCGGAAACACCAGCCACUGAUCAGCGUCCUUUAAGUCGCAAGGUGAAUGUAACAGUUGCAGGAACACUACCACCUCUUGAAAUUCUACAAGGACUUGAAGCUUUGGGUUUUGUUAUCACACAUGGAUAUGGAAUGAGUGAAGCUCUUGGUCCAGUGAUGCUGAAAAUCUUGAAUCAGAAUAAUUCGACUGAUUUAGACGAUGAGGAAAAUAUAAAAGCUCGUCAAGGCAUUCACAGCUUGUUGAUGGAAUGUGUUGAUGUGAAAGAUCCCAUUACAAUGAAAAGUGUGCCACUUGAUGGAAAGACAAUAGGAGAGGUGAUGUUCAGAAGCAAUACUAUGAUGUUGGGGUACAUGAAAAAUUCACAAGCAACACAAGAAGCCUUUAAGGGAGGGUGGUAUAGGACUAGGGAUGUUGGGGUGAGAUAUCCCAAUGGUUGCAUAGAAAUGAAGGAUCGUUGGGACGACAUGAUCAUAUGUGGAGGCGAGAACGUUAGUACACUUGAGAUUGAAGCUAUCUUAGUUAAGCAUCCAAAGAUUUUGGAGGCUGCUGUUGUUGGAAAACCCCAUCAUAUUCUUGGAGAGACACCUUGUGCUUUUGUGAAGCUAAAGCUGGAAACUUAUGUGAGUUUUGAAGAGAUUAUCAAGUUUUGCCAAAGUAAUUUGCCUCAUUAUAUGGUUCCUCAUUAUGUAAUUUUUGGGGAUUUGCCUGUAAACUCAACUGGAAAAAUUCAAAAAUUUGUUCUCAAAGGCCGAGCCAAGGAUGUUGGCAGCCUGUUGUAA